AUGGAGACGAAGACCCGCGAGGAGACGGAAGCCGAUGACCUGGCCAUAAUAUCUGCGUCCUUGUACGGCGGCAUGAGAGCCAUCCGCUCGAGCACGAAAGCUGUUGCGGUGCCCAACGAGUCGUUGACGACGGAUGUUUUCCAGUCCGAGGAGGUCGACGACGGCAGCAUCGUGGACGAAGACCGUGAAGACGACGACGCGCAGCGAACGCCGGCGUCGGAUAAGAUGAGCACGACUGUGGAGACUGAGAUCCGCGAGGAGACGGAGACCGAUACGAGCAACCUGGCCACAACGUCUGCGAGCAAAUCCGUGUCCGUCAUGCCGACCACCCACAUCAACAAGUGCCCGCAUCCGAGAUUUGAGGUGAACGCGGGGUGGUGGAGACCGCGCUUACAACGAAGGAGACGGCUUGCGGGUGCCGAUGCAACUGGACUGAUCGUAUCGCUGGAGGCUGCGUUGCCGAAAGCGGUAGACGUACCAGGACCGGAACGAGGACGAUCUCAGCGACGAAGUGGGAAUGCUUAA